AUGGCCUCCGUAGCAACACCGUCAUACCAUUCAACAAAAGAGACAACUAAUUACGCCCGGUUAUGCAGGCUUCUGGUGGAUGCUGGCUCAGAUGCCUUAAGAGACGCCUUUGAUAAGAGCCGACCAACAGGAGACCUGAACUCAGUUUUGUCAAGUCCUCCAGUUCAUGCAUGCUACAGAAACACAGUUUAUGGUCAUGUCAGCCAGGCCUCAGUUGAUGAUCCAACAUUCAAUCAAUACUGGCAGGACAUCCAAGGCGCGUUGGUGAGACUGGGAGGAGCUAGUUACCAAAGUGCCAUUGAUGAUUUGAAAAAGGAAUGCAUAGACCCUGAUUUCGAAGAACACUACAGAGAGCUUCUUAAACAGUGGGGAAAACUUUUGGGAUUGAUAUUAACUUUCAACGAGAUAAUCUCUGUAACGGCAUACACAAACGCACUGAAAGCAUCAGUAAAAAGCCGAACUGAGUUUCAUACCUUACCUUCCCCCACCAUGAAGAAGGCCAGAACAGAUGACAUAUACACAAGUCUUCUCAUACAACACGGAAGAAAGCCAAUUGAAGACCUAGAUAUGAAAAGGAAAGAACGCUUACGCCAGUACGGUCGAGUGAGUGGAGAGCCCGUCAAACAUAAUCAAGAAAUUUUCAUUUGUGAUACCGAUCGUAACGUGGUAAAAAUACCAAGGUCUGUCUUAGUUACUGGGAAGGCAGGGAUUGGUAAAACGCUGUUUUUCCAAAAGUUUAUUCGAGAUUGGGCCAACAACAUGUUGUUUGAAACACAAGCAAACUUGCAGCUGCCGGAUUUGAAGUUCGCAUAUUUGCUGACUUUCCGCCAGUUGAAUUCACUUGGAGAUGACCGUGUUACUUUGAGGGAUAUCUUAAACAGAUCUUCAGUCCUGGAUGAACACUCAAAUAUCGAAGACUCUGUAUUUGAGUACAUUCUUGAUCAUUCAGAAGAAGUUUUGAUCCUCAUUGACGGUUAUGAUGAGUAUUCGAAGAGAAAUUUCAUCGAGAGUGAUUGGGAUGACCGUUACCCGAAUAGCGCUCAUGAGGAAAUGCCAGUAGCAGCCCUGUGUGCCAAGCUGAUCAAAGGAAAACUCUUGAGAGAUUCCGUUGUCAUGAUAACUUCAAGGCCCGAUGAAUCUGAUGAAAUGACAAGUAGAAUUGGCUUUGAUCGGUACGUUGAAAUUACAGGAUUUACCGAAGAACAGGUGAAGAAAUACGUAGAGAAGUAUUUCAACGAAAAGGAAGUCAUGAAGAAUGCUGUAAUGGAUCACAUUACAAAGAAUGACAAUCUUGUCAGCUUCGCCCACAUUCCAGUUGUCUGUUUUUUGAUGUGCUCUUAUUUUGAAUACCUCCUAAAUGAACCAGUAAACACUGACGUCCUCCCGGUCAACACAAGUGAAAUCUAUUUUGAGGUUGUGAACAUGUUUCUAGGAAAACAUGAUAAGGAGUCCGCAAUCUCUUCCGAAGAUACUCUGGACAAAAUGUCAGAGUUUGCGGCUCAUUUGCUUCAGGAGAGGAAGUUUAUUUUCGCUUUAAAAGAUAUGAAAAGGUUUACUUUAGAAGAAGUUAAAAGCCUAAGAGCGAACGGUCUUCUUCACUGCGGUCCCCCUUUCAGAAAAUCUUACACUGAAACGACGAAAUAUUUUUGUUUCACACAUUUCACUCUCCAAGAGUAUUUGGCAACUCGUUGGUUUGUGAAGAGAAAACAGAUCCCCUCACACAGAGACAAUGUGUCAGAAAUGAUAUUUCAGUUUAUGUCUGGUAUUUUAUCAAAGCAAAAGGACGAAUUCUUUAUGAGAGCGUUACUUGAAAGACUCGAUUGGAUGUACAGCAUUAGGGUUGGAGUACUGCCAAAACUGCCAAAACUGCUAAAACUGCAGUGCAUCAUGGAGUACCAAGAGAAGAAUUUCGCCCAAAGAAUUGUAAAGGAACGUUUCCAUCAAUUUUGUGAUCGUGAUGGAGUUAUUGAAUUUGAAAAGUUGGCCGGUGCGGAUUGCACUGCUGUAGCGUUUUUGUUAGAUGUCAUUAGGACAUUGAAUGCAAAUAAAAUCACUGGGGAGAAACAAGGACCCCUUCAACAGUCAUCUGUGGCGCUGGCUAAAACAUUGACGCUCUGGAAAUGUCAUCUUUCCGAGACUGGGUUAAGAGUAAUCUACAAGGUGUUGGAGAAAAAGCACAGCCCUGUUACCGAACUGUACCUGUAUGACUGUGUAUUGCAGGAAAAAUGUGUUCAUUUACUUGGGGAAUCGUUGCUAGUAUCUAAAUUAAAUGAACUGGGUCUGGUAGAAGCGCUGAUCACCGAUGCCGAUGUUGUCAGUCUAUGUCAAGCAUUGAAGACACCAACAUGUAAAGUCGCCACACUGAAUCUGUUUCGUAAUCAGAUCACCGAUGUCGGUGUUGCCAGUAUAUGUCAACCACUACAGACACCAACAUGCAAAGUCACCACACUGAAUCUCGGUCUUAAUCAGAUCACCGAUGCCGGUGUUGCCAGUCUAUGUCACGCAUUACAGACACCGACAUGUAAAGUCACCACACUUGACCUGUGUCAGAAUCAGAUCACCGAUGUUGGUGUUGUCAGUCUAUGUCAAGCAUUACAGACACCAACAUGUAAAGUCACCACACUUGACCUGUGUCAUAAUCAGAUCACCGAUGCUGGUGUUGUCAGUCUAUGUCAAGCAUUGCAGACACCAACGUGUAAACUCACCACACUACAAUUAAGUCAUAAUCGGAUCACCGAUGCCGGUGUUGUCAGUCUAUGUCAAGUAUUACAAACACCAACAUGUAAACUCACCAAACUUGAUCUGGGUUAUAAUCAGAUCACCGCUGCUGGUGUUAACAAUCUUUUCCAAGCAUUUCAGACACCAACAUGUAAAGUAACGGAAUUACGUCCAGGUCAUAAUCAGUUCAUUCGUGAUAGCCAAUCAUGGCUUACCUACCGAUGCUGA